AUGUACGCCAGAGGCCGCCAGAGGCCGCCAGAGGCCGCCAGAGGCCGCCAGAGGCCGCCAGAGGCCGCCAGAGACCGCCAGAGGCCGCCAGAGACCCCCAGAGACCGCCAGAGACCACCAGAGACCCCUAGAGACCGCCAGAGACCGCCAGAGACCACCAGAGACCACCAGAGACCGCCAGAGACCGCCAGAGUCCGCCAGAGACCGCCAGAGACAGCCAAAGGCCGCCAGAGGCCGCCAGAGGCCGCCAGAGGCCGCCAGAGGCCGCCAGAGGCCGCCAGAGGCCGCCAGAGGCCGCCAGAGGCCGCCAGAGGCCGCCAGAGUCCGCCAGAGUCCGCCAGAGACCGCCAGAGACCACCAGAGACCGCCAGAGUCCGCCAGAGUCCGCCAGAGACCGCCAGAGACCGCCAGAGACCGCCAGAGACCGCCAGAGGCCGCCAGAGACCGCCAGAGACCGCCAGAGGCCGCCAGAGGCCGCCAGAGGCCGCCAGAGGCCGCCAGAGGCCGCCAGAGGCCGCCAGAGGCCGCCAGAGACCGCCAGAGUCCGCCAGAGUCCGCCAGAGUCCGCCAGAGACCGCCAGAGACAGCCACAAGGCCGCCAGAGUCCGCCAGAGUCCGCCAGAGUCCGCCAGAGUCCGCCAGAGUCCGCCAGAGUCCGCCAGAGUCCGCCAGAGACCGCCAGAGACAGCCAAAGGCCGCCAGAGGCCGCCAGAGGCCGCCAGAGGCCGCCAGAGGCCGCCAGAGACCGCCAGAUACAGCCAAAGGCCACCAGAGGUCGCCAAACGCUACCAAUAG